AUGCGGUUGUCGGUGGCGGGCUUUGUCGUGGCUGUCGGGCGAGCAUCAGCGAUCGGUUGGGAGUCGGAUGUGUGGCAGAACGUCUCGAUGUGCAACUGGGCUGAGGCUCGCGCAAACAUCAUCCGCGACACGGUGUAUGUGGACGGAGGAAACCUGUAUUGGGUCCCAGGCCUGACCAACGGACAAUGGGGCCACCCGGCGAAAGACAACAACAUCGAUGGCGCGACAUACACCCUCGCUCUCGGCCAGCCGUUCAACCAGUCGUCCAACCUCACGGCCUUGUUCCAGCAAAUGCCUUCGCUCGGCGGUCGGGCGUCGAACUUUGCCCCGAACUACGUCGAUGGCGCCAUGUUUGCAACCGAGGAUGAGAUGAUUCUCUACGGCGGGCUUUUGAGCAGCUCCAUCACCUCCAGCCCACCACCCGACAACGUGGUCCUGUCGUACGAGGCUUACCCAUCAGGCUCCGAGUCCCAGCCGAAAUUUCUCGACAAGUAUCUUCCAGAUGGCAUGACACGCUACAUCACGAAUGGCGCGGCUGUCUCCAGUUUGAGUGAGAAGUUGGGGUUUUACUUCAGUGGCAUGCGAGGUGCCGAAUGGGGAUCAUUUGUCGCCAAUGAUGGGUUGGCAAGUACGCCCGCGAAUACCUUGAUUACAGUCAACAUGUCGACCCUCGGCCAGGAAACGUGGUCCAACAGCUCAUUGCGCAGUAGCUCUCGGAGUAUCCCCGCUCGAGCCAACGCGGAAAUCCAAUGGCUUCCAGUGGGAGACCAAGGCGUCCUGGUUGCUGUCGGUGGCGUCAUUAACCCAGUAUCCCUUACCGUUGUUCAGGGGCUCAACGAUUCCCAACUCGCCGCCAGUAAAGCAACCAGUCCAACAUUCAUGAAAACCGUUUCCGUUUAUGAUGUCGCCAGCCAGAAAUGGUAUCAGCAGAACACAACUGGAGAUGUCCCACCGCAGCUCACACUUUUUUGCUCUGUUCUAGCCAUUGCUGAAGAUCGUUCCUCCUUCAACAUACACAUUUACGGCGGGUACGAUGGACUCCAAAGCAACAGCACGCCUUCAGAUGAUGUAUACAUUCUGUCCGUACCACAGUUUGUCUGGACACAUGCGUAUACUGGUAAUUCAAGCCAUGGUCGAACCGGUCACAAGUGUCUAUCGAUAUACCCAGACCAAAUGAUGAUCAUAGGGGGGAUUUUUCAGAACCAGCAGUAUACCUGCCUGGACAAGAUCAUAGAAAUAUUCAACCUAAACAAACUUGGCUUCCAGGACACCUACGAUCCUCGGAUCUGGGAUGAUUAUCGAGUCCCCGACACGGUCACAGCAAACAUUGGCGGGAAUGAAAACGGAAGUGCGACAAUGCUGUCGCCGAAAUCUUCUUGGGACGACGAAGAGCUAUCCAGUAUCUUUUCGACUCAAUAUACAAAGACGAUCCCAAAAUACUAUCCUUAUCAGUUGCAGGGUCCGAACACCACCACAACUUCUAGUCCGACCGCAGCUCCAAGUAUCUCCGUUGGAAGCGCGGGUGGAGGAGGUUUACCCACCUGGGUUGCUCCGGUUCUAGGUGUCGUGCUAGGAUUGAUCGUUGUGGCCGCAGCGGCCAUCAUCUUUCUGCUUUGGUGGCGCAAAAAAGGCUCUAGGAAUCGGGCCGCUAGCGACACCCAAGGAAGUGCAGCUGGGCUCAAAGGAUUUGUCCUUCGAUGGUUAUACGGCACAUCUGGGCAGGAAGCCAGAUCUAGCAAAGGCCCAACCGAGCUACAAGUAGACGACGAUGCUACGACCGUUGUCUCUUCGGCCCGGAAUGAACGUCACGCAUCCGGAGUCGAGAGUUAUGACGUGCAUGAAAUGGCCGAUCGACGAAUGCUUAGUUUCGAGAUGGCGACCGAUUUCAAUAACCCCAGGGACUGGAGCAGAUCAAGUUGGUCCCAACCUGAGAUAUCGCCACCACUCGUAUCACCCAACAUUGGUGAACUAAUGGAAAGAGAUCCACUGGACAGCUCUUUGCCAACUCCAGCUUCAGCAGUUGGGCCUCCAACAAUGAGACCAACACAGUCACGUACACGCCGCAUUAGUGACCGCAGUGACGAGACCGGCAUAUCCGAAUUAGAAGCUUCGGACUCUGUGAGACCGCCGCAUAGCCGGCACAUGUCAGAUAAUUCAAUUUCUGAUGAAAACUCACUGGCGGGUGCGAGUGACGGCAACUCUGUACAAGCAGGAUCUGCCGGAGAGCGGCGGCCUCAGUCGCCUGGCACUGCGCGUAUCCAGACAGUGCAUGAAGUUGAUGAGCCUAACAGCUCGAGUAUGGUGCGAGGGCAGGGGCCCACCGAACUUGGAUAA